AUGCUGCAGAUUCUCGAUAGUGGAGCUACGGAUCAUAUAGUAUCCAAAGGUUCUGUUAUGACUGAACCAAAUGCUGACUUAGCUGCAGAGAAGAUGAUUGGCUCGAGUAAACAAGUUGGAGCUUCACAAACUUUGACAUUAGUUCCUUCGACUACCAUUUUACCACUUCAUGAUUCAUCAUACUCAAACAUCUAUUCUAGUCCUCCUGCACCUUCUAUUCCUUCACCUACUUUGUUGUCUCCUCCACCUUCUAUUCCUUCACCUACUUCAUUGUCUCCUCCACCUUCUAUUCCUUCUCUAGAUUCACCUACUAAUUCUAAUUUUAUCCCACCUGAUACAUCAGUUCCACUCCGAUGUUCUACUCGUACCAAAGAGCUUCCAGCUUGGCAUAAUGAUUAUGAGAUAUCUUCUGCAACCAAUCAUUUAACCUCUAGCUCAAGUCCUAGCAUUGACACCAGGUAUCCUCUUCAUCAUUACAUUUCACUCUCGUUUUCUCUUACUCAACGUGCUACUCUAGCUCUUAUUAUAGCCCAAACAGAACCUAAAACCUAA